CCAAGUGGAGGAGUUCAAGUAUCUCGGGGUCUUGUUCGCGAGUGUGGCUGCCGUCAGCAGCAGUCAUGCAGUUAAAGAUAAUUUCAUGGUUUAAGUUGCAAUAAAUAAGUUAAAAAUACUUUAUUUUAAUAUAUCAGAUUUAAUGUAUACAUCGUUGGGUUUAAAAAUACACAUUUAAAUGGUUUACAGAAUGUUUCCAGGGUGGAACCAAUGUUCAGUCUGUUGUUUUGGGGUUGACAGUAUUUUCAGUUGCACGCCACACUUGAUAGAGGGCAGCAUGCUUUCUUCUGUCACUCGGUGGUAGAGCUAUGCAGACGCAUGCAACGAAGUUUUCCAGCUGUGAAAAGAAGUGACACUGCAAGAUGUGUUUUCAUUAACCCCUGCAAGUUAAUGCGGCCAAUGAGUUCUCACGGCAUCGUUGGUGGCACCUGUGUGCAAUAAAUGCCAGUAAAAAUCAAGAACGCCUUGUGUCCGUUUUUCAACUUGGAGGGAGUUACAGUGAGAACUCAGUCUGCUCGACAUGAGGCGAGGAGACGAGGAGCUGUGCCUUUCAUCCACUGAGCAAGAAGAAAUUCAUCGCACUCUAGCAUCAUACAGAUAAGACUGUGCAUACGCCAGUAACCUAAGCAGCAAGCAGUUGAAGUUUACGUGGAUGAUCCUUUAAGUGAUACAUUUAAAACAAGUUAAAUGUUAAGAAGUGGAUCAAUUUUGUCAACUGCUUUAAAGGAACACUGUAAGAACUGAAACUUUAAGUAAUCUGGUGCUCUGCAUAUUUUCUUUCUAAGUUCAUGGUUCUGUCCAAUUAAGAGUUUUUAUAGGUGAAGUCAUUUACCUAUUUGUGUUAUUUGGAUGCUAGAAGUGUUGUAGAAUUAAGUGCUGCGUUGUAUGUGUUGUUGGUAUUCGGAAAAAGUUCACCAUAUUUACGCGACUCAAGAUGGUAUUUAUUUAGAUAUUUUAUUAAGGUUUAAGGUGUUGUAAAUCUUGAAGGUAUUAUCCAUUGUUAAUGUUUUGGACAAGUUCACCUAAAGGCAAGGUUAAAGGUAUAGCUAUAAUUUAUUUUGUGCCAAGUAAUAAGUAAACAUUGCAAAAUGGAUCAAAUGAGUGAAUCUGAAACUAAGAAUAGUGACUUACUUGAGGGUAGUAGUGCCACAAAUGUACAGCAGUCACGUGAAGAGGAGCCACGAAGAAGUCAGAGAUCUCGAAAGCUUACUGAAAAGGCUCAGCAACUGCAUGAUGAUAAGUCAAGAAAACUUCAGCAUCGUUUCACUACAACUUAUGAUAAGUGGAAAGUAACCGCCAAGCAAGCUAAGAAAAUGAUAAAGGGAGCCCCCUCUGUUGAGGUUGUUAAGGAUUUGAUGUGUAAGUUAAGUUGUGCAUCAGCAAAUGUGAAAAACGCAUAUGAAGAUUUGCGCAAAUGUGCUUCCCCAGACAGUGAGAUCCGUCGUAGAGUAGACACCUGUGACGCGGUAUCUAAAAUAAUCUUGGACAAUGCAACCACUUAUCUUCAGAAUAAAGAUAACGAAGAUGUUCAGACAGAGGAUUUAGUCUGGCCUAAGUCUAGUUCAGUGUUUUCAUCUUCAGCUUCUCAAGGCAAAGGUAAGGGCUCUCAAAGAAGUUUAAGCUCUGCAAGCAGUUCCAGCAUAAAGUCACGAAAGUCAAGCCUUUUCUCCAUUAAGAGACAAGAGGCCGUAGCAGAGCUGGCUGCCACACAAGCUGCAUUAAAGGUCCUGCAGGAGAUAGAAUGUGAACAACAGGAACUUGAAAGCCUUGAAGAAGAGGAUAGAAAGAGGAUUGCAUUACAAGAGGAAGAGAAUGUGGCAAGAAAGAAAGCACUGGAAGAGAAGCGCAGACAAAUAGAGCGCUUACAGACUGUUAAGAAGCUAAGUGCGGCAAAAGCACGGUUCCAAGUUUAUGAACAAGAUGCAAGCUCAGAUGAGGAAAUAACAGAGUUACUUCAUAACCACGCAGCUCAGCAACAUAGAUCUCCAGGAGCUAUAAGGAGUCCACAUGAGCAUCCUGUGAUACACCAAGCAGAUAGUGUCACAGUCCUCGCUGAAGCAAUAGCAGAGUCUAUUAAUGUAAGCCGUCUCCCAGCACCUGAACCGUCUGUCUUCAUGGGAGACCCACUAAGAUACAAUGAUUGGAAGAUGUCAUUUCAAACCCUAAUAGGCAGGAAAAACAUUCCAGUAAAUGAAAGGGUCUAUUACCUUCGUAAAUAUGUUGGUGGACCUGCAAAAAGGGCCAUUGAAAGUUAUUUCCUAUUGGGAACGGAUGCAGCUUACAACUCAGCAUGGGAUAUCCUGGAAGAAAGAUUUGGAAGCUCAUUUGUGAUAGCUAAAGCUUUCAAGGAUAAGCUUGCAGCAUGGCCCAAAAUUGGACCCAAAGACAGUGUUGAGCUGAGGGAUUUUUCAGACUUUCUUAGAGGCUGCCAGGCUGCAAUGUCCCAGAUUAAGAGUCUGGAAGUAUUGAACGAUUGUGAUGAAAAUCAAAAACUUCUAACAAAACUGCCAGAUUGGCUGGUGACCAGUUGGAAUAGGAAGGUGAUUGAAAUAGAAGAAACGUGUAAUGUGUUUCCUACUUUCAGUCAGUUUGUGGAAUUCAUCACAAAGGAAGCAAAAAUAGCUUGCAAUCCAGUAACCUCUCUUCAUGCCCUGAAGUCCAAUGAUGUUGAAAAAAUAAAGACAACAAAGACUCGAAACAUUGGUGCAAAGGUGUUUGUGAGCAAAUUGGAAGAGAAUGUAGAACGCAAGAGAUGCACCUUUUGUGAAAAAUGCAAUCAUGGUAUUCAGACAUGCUGGAAAUUCAAGGAAAAACCAGUUGCCGAACGUGUUAAAUUUGUCCAGACAAAGAAGUUGUGCUUUGGAUGUUUACAACCAGGACAUCAUUCAAAGACCUGCAAAAGGAGGAGUGUUUGUGAAACAUGUAAGGAAAAACACCCAACAUGUUUACAUGAAGAUCGCGAAAGAGCAACCAGAAGAGAGAAAAGCAGUGAUGAGCAUGGGGAAAGUGUAAAAAACUCAAAAUAUGCUAUGUCAACGGAAAGAACAGAGAGCAAACACACCCCUGAACCAUCAAAUGAAGCUACAUCAAACAGAGUAGUGCAAGGUAUGGACAGCAUGUACUCCUCCACAGUUGUUCCAGUUUGGUUAUCUGCAUCGAGUAACCCAGAGAAUGAAAUUCUUGUAUAUGCACUACUUGACAACCAAAGCGACACCACAUUCAUUAUGCAAGAUAAAGCAGAAGCUCUGGACAUGAAAGGGGAAGCUGUGCAGUUAAAACUCUCCACACUUUCAUCCAGAAAUACAAUCAUCCCAAGUCAAAGGUUAGUUGGACUGCAGGUGAGAGGUUUCUAUUCAUCAAAGAAGAUUUCUCUCCCUGUAACCUAUUCAAGAGAGUUCAUCCCUGCCAAUCUAAGUCACAUUCCUACACCAAAAACGGCAAGAGCUUGGCUACACCUAGAGCAUCUUGCUGAGGAAAUUGCUCCAUUGAUUGAGUGUGAUGUAGGACUUCUCAUAGGAUACAACUGUCCACAGGCUUUGCUACCCCGAGAGGUUGUCCCAGGUAAAGACAAUGAGCCAUUUGCUCAAAGGACAGAUCUUGGAUGGAGCAUAGUUGGUUGUGUUAGCCCGUGUGUCGACUAUGGUGAUGCUAUAGGAAGCAGUCACAAGAUUGUCAUGAAGUCAGUGAAACCUCAUCUCCAGACAUCUAAGAAGCUCACAAAUGAAGUGAAAUACAUAUGUCGAACCCAAGUUAAGGAGUUCAUUUCACCACCAGAUGUGCUGAGGAUGCUUGAGUCUGACUUCAGUGAGAGAAGAGUGGAGGAUGCUAAAUUAUCCCAGGAAGAUUUGCGUUUCCUAACCAUAAUGGAAGAAGGAAUCAAAAUUAAAGCAGAUGGUCACUGUGAAAUGCCGCUUCCCUUCAAGAAAGAUCGACCAAAUCUCCCAGACAAUAAGGUAUGUGCAGUUCACAGGCUUCGAUGCUUGAAAGGAAGAUUUGAAAAAGACAAACAAUACCAAAAGGACUACACGACCUUUAUGAGUGAAAUCAUAACAAAUGGGGAUGCAGAAAGGGUCCCAAUAGGAGAAAUUAACAACAGUCCUGUGUGGUACAUUCCUCAUCACGGGGUGUAUCACCCACACAAGCCAGGAAAAAUACGGGUUGUGUUCGACUGCUCAGCAAGAUAUGAAGGCGUGUCAUUAAAUGAUUACCUUCUCACUGGACCAGAAUUAACGAACAGCCUGAUAGGUGUUCUCUGCCGCUUUCGCAAGGGACAAGUUGCUAUAAUGUGUGAUAUUGAGCGUAUGUUCCAUCAGUUUCACGUCAAAGCAGAGGACCAGGACUACUUGAGAUUUCUCUGGUGGGACGAUGGAAACUUCCAGGCUCAAUCAUCAGUCUAUCGCAUGCGAGUGCACCUAUUUGGAGCUGCCUCUUCCCCUGGUUGUGCAAACUUUGGCUUGAAACAUGUUGCUGCCCAAGGACAUGGUCAUUACAGUGAAACAACCAUUCAGUUCAUUGAACGAAACUUUUACGUGGAUGAUGGGCUCACAAGUGUCGCAACCAAGGAGGAAGCCAUCAAGUUAGUAAAGGAAGCAAGGCAACUCUGCAGUGCUGGCAAACUGCGAAUUCACAAAUUCAUUUCCAACAAUCAUGAAGUACUUGCAUCCAUUCCAGAGAGUGAACGUGCAGAUUCAGUACGAAAUCGUGACUUGGAUCUUGGUGAGUCCCAAAUUGAGAGAGCUCUGGGAAUCAAAUGGUGCAUUGUUUCAGACCAGUUCCAUUUUAGAGUGAUUGUGGAAGAACGCCCACUUUCUAGAAGAGGAGUCUUAUCAACUGUGGCAUCCAUCUAUGACCCUCUUGGCUUUGUGGCACCAUUUGUUCUGGUUGGAAAGCAAAUACUCCAACAGAUGUGUCAAGACAAGGUUGGAUGGGAUGAGCCACUGUCAGAAGAGCUCAAACCACGGUGGGAGUCUUGGCUGUUAGAUUUAAAGAACCUGGCUGACAUCAAAAUUCAGCGCUGUCAUCUUCCAGAAGGUUUUGAGAAAGUUGAAAGAUAUGAGCUGCAUCAUUUCUCAGAUGCGAGUGUUAAAAGGCACGGUGAAUGUUCUUACUUGAGAGCAAUCAGUGUCUCAAACCAAGUCCACUGCUCUCUAGUUAUUGGCAAAGCCAGGGUGACUCCUACAAAGGUCACCACAGUACCCAGGCUUGAGCUAUCAGCAGCAGUUAUUGCCGUGCGAAUGAGUGAGCUGCUUAAAAGGGAGUUGGAAGUUCAAGCCAAAGAAUUCUUCUGGACAGAUUCGAAGGUUGUUCUUGGAUACAUCAACAACGAUGCUAGAAGGUUUCACAUAUUUGUGGCAAAUCGCAUUCAGCGUAUCCAAGAAGGUUCUAAUCCAGACCAAUGGAGAUAUGUGACUUCUGAGAACAAUCCUGCUGACCAUGCAUCACGGGGUCUGACAGCAAAGGGACUAAUUACUUCCAACUGGUUCACCGGUCCAGAUUUUCUCUGGCAGGAUAAACUUCCUGCUGAUGACAUUAAGGCGGGAGAGUUGGGAGCUGAAGAUCCAGAACUUCGUAAGACUUUUGUCCAUAAGACACUGACCACAGAAGAUUCGUUGCUCAAUCAUUUCUCAAGGUUCUCAAACUGGAUAAGGCUAGUUAAAGCCAUUGCACGACUCAUGCGAUGUGUCAAAGAGCUCAAGGGUCUGAUGGGCAGAACAAACGAAGUCACCAGUCUUGAGGAGAGGAAAGAGGCAUAGCUUUUCAUCAUAGCUACUGUCCAAAGCGAACUGUUUUUCAAAGAAAUCAAAUAUCUGAAAUCGAAGGAGACAAUAACAAGAGAUCGUGCAAAUAGGCUGUACAAACUGAAUCCCUUCUUGGAUGAAAAGGGUGUGCUAAGAGUGGGAGGUCGGCUGAAGCAUGCAGAUUUACACCCACACAUCAAACAUCCAGCGAUCUUGCCGAGCAAAACCCACAUAUCAAGGUUACUGAUUGAACACUUCCAUCAAAAGGUUCAUCACCAGGGACGUGGGAUGACUAUGAAUGAGCUGCGAUCAAAUGGCAUUUGGCUAUUGGGAUGUAGUCACGCAGUGUCUUCCUACAUCUACAAGUGUGUCAAAUGUAGGAAAUUCAGAAGGAAUGCUGAAGUACAAAGAAUGGCAGAUUUACCGCGUGAAAGAGUUGGAACAUCGCCUCCCUUUUCCUAUUGUGGAAUGGACUGCUUUGGCCCGUUUUACGUUAAGGAAGGAAGAAAGGAACUUAAACGCUACGGUCUGCUAUUCACAUGUCUGUGCUCUCGUGCUGUGCAUAUAGAGCUUCUCGACGACAUGACCAGUGAUGCCUUUAUUAAUGCUCUUCGAACCUUUAUCGCCAUACGUGGAAGUGUCCGACAGCUUCGGUCAGAUCAGGGCACCAACUUUGUUGGAGCAAGACGAGAGUUCUUGGAGUCUGCAAAGAAAAUGGACCAAGAAAGCCUAAGACAACUAGGUUGUGAGUUUGUCAUGAACCCAGCAUCUGCCAGCCAUAUGGGUGGGGCCUGGGAAAGGCAGAUCAGGACGAUUAGAAGUGUUUUGACAUCCAUUCUGGAUCAUUCAUCUAAAAGACUUGACACUUCAUCCUUGCGUACCUUCCUUUAUGAAGUCAUGGCGAUCAUAAAUAGUAGGCCCUUAACAACUCACCUGUUGAAUGAUCCCACUGGUCCACAGCCUCUUACGCCAAAUCACAUCCUGACCAUGAAGUCUUCAGUGGUUUUACCACCACCUGGUGAGUUUGUGAAGGAAGACCUUUAUCUUCGAAAAAGAUGGCGCAAGGUGCAAUACCUGGCCAAUGAAUUUUGGACCAGAUGGAAAAGGGAAUAUUUGCUGAAUCUUCAGCAGAGAGGAAAAAGGUGCAAAACACAGAGAAAUGCCAAGAUCAAUGACAUUGUGAUGCUGAUGGAUAAUAGUCUACCCAGAAAUGAGUGGAAGUUGGCCAAGGUAACCAAGGUGUACCCUAGUGAGGAUGGAAUCAUUAGGAAACUCGAGCUGCUAAUCAGUGAUGCGACAUUGGAUGACCAAGGAAAAAGAGUUAAUAAGCCAGUGUGUCUUGAGAGACUCAUCCACAAAACAGUUACCCUACUUGAAGCUGAAUAGUUCAGAACUCCUGUCUUUGUAACUUGUGUUUGGCCCAAGAGACUAUUUACACUUAUUUUUUCCUUUGCAAUGAGGUUCAGUUGAAAAUCAGCAGUGAUUUGGUGGGAGUGUGGCUGCCGUCAGCAGCAGUCAUGCAGUUAAAGAUAAUUUCAUGGUUUAAGUUGCAAUAAAUAAGUUAAAAAUACUUUAUUUUAAUAUAUCAGAUUUAAUGUAUACAUCGUUGGGUUUAAAAAUACACAUUUAAAUGGUUUACAGAAUGUUUCCAGGGUGGAACCAAUGUUCAGUCUGUUGUUUUGGGGUUGACAGUAUUUUCAGUUGCACGCCACACUUGAUAGAGGGCAGCAUGCUUUCUUCUGUCACUCGGUGGUAGAGCUAUGCAGACGCAUGCAACGAAGUUUUCCAGCUGUGAAAAGAAGUGACACUGCAAGAUGUGUUUUCAUUAACCCCUGCAAGUUAAUGCGGCCAAUGAGUUCUCACGGCAUCGUUGGUGGCACCUGUGUGCAAUAAAUGCCAGUAAAAAUCAAGAACGCCUUGUGUCCGUUUUUCAACUUGGAGGGA